AUGCCUCUUUGUCAACUUUGCUGCCAACUUGACUUUGCUACCAUUGCGCAAAGAGGUCUGAAGGCACAUCUCCGGUUAGAAACGGGCCGGGCCUGGUCAUACUACACUCCUCGAGACGAUGCACUGCAGGAACCCAAUACUAUUCUCCAUCCGUUCCACAAGUCUCUUAGGGCUUUACAAGACAGUGCAACAUCAUGCGACCUAUGUCGUCUCAUUCAAAACAAUGCUGACAAGAUUCUCCGGGCUUCAAAUGAUGGCAACGACCCUGAUACGUAUGAACUCUGGAUUGGGGGCAGAGAUGGCGCUCACGGUUUCCAAGUCGUCGGUGCCAAAAGGGCAGCGCGAAGCGGACGUCUCAUUUAUGACAUAAUGGCCGGCAUUGGGUUUUGCGCGGAAGAAAUCAAAGAGAGCCAGCUUAGCUCCCUCAUCCAGGGACGGAGAAUCCAGGCAUCGCCGCGAUCGCCAAUCGUUCUUGACAAGAUGGCAAGGUGGGUGAAGCAAUGCGCGGAGCAGCAUGGACAUUCCGGGUCGAUAUCAACAAGGUUACCCGCAAGAUUGUUAGACCUACAUGUCCUUGAGCAGCAUGCUGUUCUUUGUGCUUCGAAUGAUGCGACAGGCCGGUAUGCUGCGCUCAGUCACUGUUGGGGCUCUGCGCAGACAGUGACGCUAAACACCAGCACGUUUGAAACGCUAUGCCGGGGAAUCAGGGUGGGCCAUCUUCCGCAGACAUUGAAAGACGCAGUCUGGAUAACUGGUCAGUUGGGAAUACGAUACCUUUGGAUCGAUAGUUUGUGCAUCUUGCAGGAUGACACCAGCGACUGGAUACGGGAAUCUCAACGAAUGGGAGACAUUUACAGCAACUCGUUCGUUACGAUUGCCGCCUGCCGCGCUGCCGAUGGCCAAGCAGGUUUUCUGGACGAGCGACCAGCGCAAUCGCAUGUCCCGGUUCCCAUGUACGCCGCAGGAAGGUCCGGCACCGCGCUGGCUUUUGCUGUUCCGCACAAGUAUGUAGCGGAGCCGACCAGAGUUAUUCACAUGGAAGAUGAGCCCUUGACAAGCCGGGGCUGGGCUUUGCAAGAGCGCUAUCUAUCCCCCCGCACGUUGCAUUUUACCAAGUCCAUCAUCUUUUUCGAGUGCGGUCAGGGUAUCCAAACGGAAGACAAUUGUCUGCUGGCUCAGUCCGCCCCCCAUCCAUCAUUUGCCUUGUUGGAUUAUUCCACGGACAUGGCCAAAAACAGAUGCCGGCAGGAUUGGCGUAAGAUGGUGGAACAAUAUUCCCAGCGAAAACUCACGGUUCAAGACGACAAGUUGCCGGCCCUGGGAGGUCUAGCGGCUCGAUUUUCAUUGGCCUCGACUCAAAAAGAUGAGAGAAUUUUUCCAGUGGCCAGUCGAUAUUUAGCUGGUCUCUGGUUUGACGACAUGGUUCGAGACAUGUGUUGGUCGAUGCAAAUGUUCAGCCCUCGAGGUGUACGCCCACGCAAGUACCGAGCCCCGACAUGGUCUUGGGCCUCUGUAGACGGGAGUAUUGAUUACAAGACCUCUUGGGUCAACUCGAUUAGUGAGCUUGCCGUCGUUCAAGAUGCCCAUGUGGAGCUUGCAACUCUAGGGAACGCUUUCGGCAAGGUAGUGGAUGGCUGGGUUUGCUUGAAGGUUCUUUCCCUUCGGCCAUACAAGAAGGCAAAUAAUAAAAGCCUCUGGGUGCGUGAGGACGGUGUGGUUUUCCGCAUUGCCGUCACAUGGGAUGCUGAACCGUACGACCCGCCUGGCCAGAGCGGACCAACAGACUCAGAGAUCAACACAAUAGACAUGGACCUUUUUGUGGUGCCUUUAGGCUGGGUAGACCGCCAUCUUGACGACGGCCCUGAUGCUUUACUGGGGCCACUUUUCUUAGUGCUGAAGGUGGCCAACCAUUGUAUGCACUCGUUUGCUGCAUCAGCAGUCUUCCAGAGGGUUGGGUUUGGGAUAGGAGUCUGGGUGGAAGAUGAAAAUGGAGGCACUGAUAAACUGGGCCUGCGGCGGUUGAUUGUCGAUAGAUUUGCUGCGGCGAAGAAGCGAGGUGAUCUCCAGAGUAUCAUAAUUAUAUGA